AUGAGUAGAAACACGCGAUAUAAUAAGAAAUUGACAAAAAUUACCAACAUCAAUGAGGAUUGUUCUGAGGUGUCCUACGAAGAAGAUCAAUAUGAAUUAGGUGAAAGUGAUGAUUACAGUAAAGAUUCUGAAUCCACUGAAACUGCAGAAAUGGAAGGAUCUUCGGAUAGUGAAAAGGAAAACCUCUUCAAUAUACGUCGUAACAAGAAAAGGAGGCGGAUUAUUUCUAGUUCUGACACCGAGGAUGAGAGGACGAGUAUUCCAAGUACAUCCAGAGAUGUAAUGGAAGAAAUUGAAAUUGCAGUUGACGGGACACGGUGGGUGAGACUGAAAGCAGGGAAAUCUAGGGGUAGGCCGUCCGUUCAUACUAUAUUCAAGGAUAUCGUAGGGCCUACUGGUUACACAAAAAGAAAUAUUAUGUCGGGUUGUGUAACUAGUGCUUUUGAAUUGAUAAUUGACAAACCGAUAAAUUUGCACUCAUUUCUGAAGUAUGGAACAGAUUUAUAA